AAUGUGUUAAAAAUUUCAAAUUUGGACGAAACUACAAUUUUAACAGCCAGAAAAUUAGGGGUUCUAAUCGAAUCUCAAAAAGGCUUAAAGAUUUUACAGCUUAUUAGAUGCAAAUUACCUGUAAACGUUUUGAUCCCAUCAGUUUUAAAACAAAGACGAACACUAAAAGAAUUGAAUUUCCGAGGUGUCAAUUUCGAAGGGGUUCAUAAAUUGGACAUCCUAAAGAACUCUAGAUUGGAAAAAUUGAAAAUAAUCGAUUCUUACAACUUGGAUUCCAAUCUUGUUCAAUCGUUGGUAAAUUCAAAUCAUCGAAAAUUAAAAAACGUAGAGGUUUUCAGUUGUAAACCCGAAAAUAUUAAUCAUCAAUUAGAAGAGUGGGCCUAUAAUAUAAAUAAUCGUCGAAAGAGAAGGUUCCUAUAA